AUCUGCAUCAUUCUCAAGCGUUAUCCAGAGCUUUAAAUUUAAAUUUAUUUGUUUGUUACACCAGUUUUAUCCACCUUCGCACCUAUAAUGUGCCACAAAUUCUCGAUUGCACCAAGAUUUAGACUUUAUGGAGGACAUGCAAGGUGUUUUAUACGAUACGAGUUGAAAAAUAUGUUUGUAUUGAUUGUGUGUGUUAAGAUGUUAGCCUGUAGGAACAUGUUUUUAGUUUUCAAAACCCAUUUUUUUAAAGAUGUUUAAAUAGCUAUCUGCCAUAGUUUUACUUCCGAUGCACACCAGUUUUCCCGCUACUCCUGAAGAUAAACACCCCCUAGCUAUCACAUUGCCAUUUUCUUAAUUUAAUGUCCGUUAGAUGUGGCGUCCCUCAAGAUCCUCGCCCGAGCUACAGCAAGACUAACAAAGCCAAGUGGCUUCAAUAUGAUCAAGAACAUGCAGAUAUAUCGUUAGAUUGUUGAAAAACUGGUAUUUGGACAGAUGAGUCCAAAUUAGAACUGAUGUUCAAAAAUAAGUAGACGCGAUCCAACAAACCAAUAUGUAUGAAGGGUACAAUGUGAUAGGAUUUAUAUACGAGAAGUGGGGAGUGUUAGCUCUCGAACUAGUCGCGUAACAAUAAGUAAUCACUUUCUCAUAGGGAUCAAAAAUGUUUAAAACGCCGAGUUUCGCUUUGGGUGGAAACUUUAUUUUCUCGCGGUUUUUUGUACACCUUUAAAAAGUUUCUAACUUGUCUCGUUCGCUGUCGUGAUGCUACUGUUUUAAUCGCGAUGAUGAGGAACCCGAUUCCUAAUCCUUAGGUCAUUCCCCGGCACACUAUGCGAGGGUUGGUGAGGUACCUCUCGCUCUAAUUUUUCUAGUUGUCUCGCUUCCUCACGUCCCGUCACGUCCCUCACCACUGAUCUCCUUCCUACCCCUCGCCUAAGAUCGUCUGACGUUUCGCCUGACACCUUUCGUUGCGUUGGUACUCUGCGGCUGCUGUCACUGUAGAAGUUAGGUUGUGUGUGUAAUAAAACGUAAACAGUGUUGUUGACUGAUCAAGUGUGGUAAGUUUUUUAAUAAUUAGGUUCUUAAUUUUACGUAAAAUUAAGUAAAAUUACGAAAAAUAAUACAAAGUGUUAAACUUUUUUUGCUUAGUACAAGAAAAAAAAGUGGUUAAGUGCAAAGAAGAAGAUGGGGGUCGUGGACCCGGGAGGAAGCAGGACUUUCGGGUCCUACUUCAGUAUAUUGGGAGAACCGCCGAAUAGGAACUCGAGGAAAAAAAGGAAAAUAAGAGGGGAGCGAAUCAACCUCAACUUCGACGAAUCGUCCAGGACUGAAGAGGUAUUUAUGGUGAUUGAAAGUGAUACCAAGGGUAAAAGCCUGGCAAAAUACAAUCCUUUUCUAUUUGCGAAAGCAACCGAGAUGGCGUUGGGAGGAAAGCCAUUGCAAACAACAAUGCUACGGGAUGGUAAAAUUCUUAUGCGCCUAAAAAACCAAACCGAAGCAAAUAAAUUAAAAAAGCUCAACCUUAACCACGGUACUGAUAAUAUCCAAGUGAACAUAUAUGAACAUAAAACUCUAAACAGCACUAAAGGCAUCAUCAGAUGUGACGCUUGCAAGUUUUUAUCGGAAGAAGAACUUUUAGAAGGUCUUCGACCCCAAAAAGUCACCGAUGUUUACAUCAUGAAGCGAAAGGGACAAAAUGGGGAAACAUAUAACACACGUACCGCCAUCAUCACCUUUAAAACUACAGUGCUGCCCAGAAAUAUAGAGAUAGGAUAUUUCACGGAAAGGGUAGAACUUUUUGUACCCAAUCCGAUGAGAUGCAUGACAUGUAUGCGUUUUGGCCACACAAAAAAUAAUUGCUCUAGGGAGAAAAUUUGCGCAAAAUGUGGAGAAAAUUAUCACGCAAUUUGCAAUAACCCACUUAAAUGUAGUGAAUGCGGAGAAAACCAUUCGGCCUUAGACAAAGAGUGUCCGAUAUGGAAGGAUGAAGUGGAAAUUACAAAAAUACAGACAGAGAAACGUAUUACCAUGAGGGAAGCAAGACAAAUUAGACGCGAAACAGUUCCAUUAGUACCACGCAAAUACACAAACGAAAAAUAUUCAACAAUAGUAACAGGAAACACAAACGUAACACAAAAAAGAAAUUUAGAAAUUACAAGCGAAGAAGAUGAAAAUAAUAAAAACUCCAACGGAGAUACUCAGGAAACAAAUAUUAAUAACGAAAUUGAACAAAAAGAAACAGAAUAACUACAAACAAUCGAAAAUCAG